UCUGAGCGUCUCCCACAGUCGCGUUGCCAAAACCGCCACGAACUUCGAAAGAACGCAGAUCCGCUCGGAGGAGGGGCUUUGGGUUGCCCUUUGCGAGGGCGGAGCUGCCCCUUGGUCGUCCAGAAGCGGGAGGGAGCACUCCAUGCGGCACGCACACACCCUUCGGACCGCCCUCCUCGGGCGCGCUAACGCCGGAAAGGCCGCGGGUUUUGCGCCAAGUGUGGGUUGGGGGCUCGUGAACCGGCAGACGUGCCCGCCGCCCUAGAGACCCGCCUGGCUUUUUUCGGGUGCAGAAAGAGAACCCGUGUCGAGAGCCGCGAGGUGGCGGAGAGAGACUGGCCGCCGGGGGCAAGAGCCAAGUUGGGAAUCGUUGCGCGAGAGCGGAGGGAUGCCUGACCGCCAGAGCACAGCGCUGCACCUCGUGGCCGGCGGAUUUGGUGGCACGGCUGGAGCCAUUUUGACCUGCCCAUUGGAAGUGGUGAAGACCCGCCUGCAGUCCUCCUCAUUAGCCCUGAGGCCCCUUUGCUUUCCUGCAGUACAGAUGCAGGGGCUGAGUGGAACAUGGAUCCGGCCUGCACUCCCCACUGUAGGGGCCCUUGAACUCCUGAGAACCAUUCUAGAGAAGGAAGGAAUCCGCUCCCUCUUCCGAGGCCUGGGUCCUAAUCUUAUUGGAGUUGCCCCUUCCAGGGCCAUUUAUUUUGCUGUGUAUUCAGGGGCUAAGGAGAAACUCAACACGGUGCUUGUACCAGAGUCCAAGAAGGUUCACAUGCUUUCAGCGGCCUGUGCAGGGAUAACUUCUUCCACCUUGAUGAACCCCAUCUGGCUGGUGAAGACCAGAAUUCAGCUGGAAGCUAGGGCCAAAGAUGAGAGACGCACCAGUGGCUUUCAGUGUGCAGUGCGCAUUUACCACACGGAGGGCCUGCGAGGCUUUUACCGUGGAAUUAGUGCCUCGUAUGCCGGUGUCUCCGAAACGAUAAUCCAUUUUGUUAUCUACGAGGCGCUGAAGCAACGGAUCAGGGAGCAUCGGCCGUUCCUGACCCCAGCUCUCGUCUUUUCGCCAAACAGCCAGGACUUCUUUGGGGUGAUGGCUGCAGCUGCUGCCUCCAAAACUUGUGCUUCAUGCAUCGCCUACCCACAUGAGGUCAUCAGGACACGGCUGCGAGAGGAGGGCUCUCGUUAUCGCUCCUUUGUGCAAACCCUGCAGCUUGUGGUCAGAGAAGAGGGCCCCUUGGCUCUUUACCGUGGGUUAUUGACCCAUCUAACACGCCAGAUCCCCAACACAGCUAUCGUCAUGGUCACCUACGAACUGAUCAUUCACUUGGCAACAAAAAUGUGAUGCCUUCCUCUUCCUGGGAAUUUGCCAAGGCUGCAAAGUGCAUUUAAGGAUAGGAAGCCUUAAUAAUGGCUACAUCUUCCCGUUCCGUGGUUGAUCAUCAAAUGUCAUGGGAAAGGCCUGAAGGCUAACAGCUUCUGUGUGACGUUGCAUUUCAAGCCUUGGUAACUGAAGGAUGCCUUCAACUGUGCCAGGCCUCGCAGGAGCCUUCAGGCAUUAAUAAGCAAUGGAACACCUGAACAUCAGAGAUGCGGUUGGAGAGAUGUAAAGUUUUCCAUGUGGAAGCAGCAACACAGAAAGAUACCCAAGGAAGAUACUAGAAUGCCUAUUUGAUAGGCAAGCACUCUUUCUGGUGCCCUUGACUGGCCAGGGUCCAAUGUGCUGGCUCUGCUAUUCAUUGCAGAGAAAUCGUCAUGCUCCACUUCUCCUGAGGUCUGAGUCAGGCUAGCCAAUUGACUGAGAAGUCAGAGUUUAUAAGGAAGCCAUGUAAAUGGAAAUGAAAGCAGUGGGAAUUUCUCCAGGGGGCAGGGCAGGGCAAAAAUAGUUGGUCUCAAAAUGGAGCACUCCCCUAGCAGCAUCGCCCUGCAAUGAGACCCCAACCCUUGCAGAAGGCAUUGAGGUUUUCCACCUUCUCCUUUUGAGCUCGCAGCAGGCAACUUACCAUCUCCUAAAGGAUAGGCAGGGCAUCUGCCCCCUUAGAAUUCAUGUUCAUCUCCUCCUUGCUCAUGGACCACAUAGGCAACAUGCUCAAACUGAGCACAGGGAGUUGUGCUCCCUGCGAUAGAGAGAAAUGCCUCACUGUGGGGCCUUCUGUACUUUUCUAUUGCCUUGUUUACAUGCAUUCUGUUGUAGAUUUUGCAUCUCUAACAGGAAGGUAAAGGAUUAAGCAAAGACGGGGGGGGAGAGAAGCACACUGGCAUCUAGUAUGGGGUUUCUUCUGAGUGGGAGGGAGGCUGCUGUGCUGUGAUGGUGUGAAGAGUAGGCUGAAGCUUUCUGUGCUCCAGUGCAAAGCUUUCUGCACGGACUUCUGGCUCCACUUGAUGUGUAGGAGUAAUGAUGCAACACAUUUUCAGAUAUGCUCAAAUUGUGUCAAGUUUUUUAAAAAUAUAUAUUUUAUUAAUAAGA